AUGGUUCACUUAAAUGAUUUUUUAAAUUUUAAUAAUCCGCCCCCAUGUAAAACGGUUGUUGCAAAUAUUAUUAGAGAAGAAAUAGAUGCAAAUAAUUGGAUGUUUUAUAUUUUUGGAGAAGAUUUAGGUGGAUCAUUUGGCGGUGCAAGGAUUUUACCAGAUAUAAAUUAUCCAAGUUUUUCAGUAUCACUAUCAAUAAAAAAUUUUAGUCUAUAUUCAUUUAGAGUUUCUAAAACUGUAGAUGUACCAGAUAUAUUAAUUUUAAAUUAUCCAUAUAAUAGCAUUGGUAACUUUUCAUUGUCAUGGGAGACUAUUAAUCCACAAAUUAAUAUUGUUGAUUGGGUUGGUGAUAAUUUGGUAUUUAGUGGUAGUUAUUUUGGAUAUAAUACUACAAUUAUUGAUAUUGAAAUUGAUGGUAAGAAAUGUUUAAUUUCAAAAUCAACAUUUUAUCAAAUCAAUUGUACAAUAGCAAAAAAUUCAUUACCAUCAAAUUCAGGUCAUGUAACUCUUGUAACAGUUGGUGAUUUAUCAACUCAAAUCACUUUAGUUUAUUAUCAAGUUAAUGCAAUUAUUGAAUGUCCAAAUGGUAGUAGUUUUGAAAUUGAUUAUUAUGGCAAUCUAAAGAAGUUAAAGAUUGGUUGUAAUGAUGAAAAUACAGAAAUUGAUACAAUUGGUGAUGAUGAUAACUCUUUAAAUUAUAUUUCAAUUAAAAAAGAUUCAAAAGUUUUAUAUGAUGAUAGAUCCACAUAUAUGUCAUCAAUAAUUAAAUCAAAAAAUAAUGAAUCAAUAAUUGUGGCUAUGAAUUUACCACAUUUCAUUAGAUUAUGUAAGAUUGAUCCUGAUUUCUCUGUAUUAUUAUCAACAAACUUCAAAUCAUCAUGUCCAUCUGAUAAUGAUGGUGAUAAAAGAUCUUAG